AUGGCGCUGGGGCUGCUCAUCGCCGUGCCGUUGCUGCUGCAGGCAGCGCCCCCCGGGGCGGCGCACUACGAGAUGAUGGGUACCUGCCGCAUGAUCUGCGACCCGUACAGCGCGGCACCCGGCGGGGCCCCCGCGGGCGCCAAGGCUCCACCGCCCGGACCCAGCACUACCGCCCUGGAAGUCAUGCAGGACCUGAGCGUCAACCCUCCGUCCCCUUUCAUCCAGGGACCCAAGGGCGACCCGGGGCGACCCGGCAAGCCGGGGCCCCGGGGUCCCCCGGGGGAGCCGGGCCCACCUGGACCCAGGGGUCCCCCGGGGGAGAAGGGCGACUCGGGGCGGCCCGGGCUGCCUGGGCUGCAGCUGACGGCGGGCGCGGCAGGCGGUGUCGGGGUGGUGGGGGGCGGAACCGGGGGCGGCGGCGACUCUGAGGGCGAAGUGACCGGCGCGCUGAACGCCGCCUUCAGCGGUCCCAAGAUCGCCUUCUACGUGGGUCUGAAGAGCCCCCAUGAAGGCUACGAGGUGCUCAGGUUCGACGACGUGGUCACCAAUCUCGGCAACCACUACGACCCCACUACCGGCAAGUUCAGCUGCCAGGUGCGGGGCAUCUACUUCUUCACCUACCACAUCCUCAUGCGCGGCGGCGACGGCACCAGCAUGUGGGCGGACCUCUGCAAGAACGGGCAGGUCCGGGCCAGCGCCAUCGCACAGGACGCCGACCAGAACUACGACUACGCCAGUAACAGCGUGGUGCUGCACCUUGAUUCAGGGGACGAGGUGUACGUGAAGCUGGACGGAGGGAAGGCUCACGGAGGCAACAACAACAAGUACAGCACGUUCUCGGGCUUUCUUCUGUACCCGGAUUAG